AUGGGCGGCUCCGCUGAGAACGAGAAGGCUUCUCGGCCUCGGCCGACUGUGGCGCGUAUCCGGGCCAAGGCGGUCAAGAUCUUCAAGCUCGUGCUGGCGCAGUGGUUGGUGAUUGGGUUCGCACUCAGCUGCGUGUUCGCGUACUUCUUUCCGAACGUUGCUGCCAGAGGGGGACCGAUCAGGUCCGAGUAUUCCAUCAUAUACGGCGGCAUCGCCAUCAUCUUCCUCGUCAGCGGUCUGCAGCUCUCGCAUACCAAGUUGCGGCAGAACGUCACCAACUGGCGGCUGCACAUCAUCGUACAGGGCAUUAGUUUCAUCGUUAUACCCGUCAUACUCCUAAUCAUAAUCCAUAUCAUAAUCGCCGCAGGCGGCCUCCGCAAUGGUGUCCUCUCAACCCCCAUCAUAGUAGGCAUGGUCGUCGCCUCCUGCCUGCCGACGACCAUCGCGUCCAACGUGGUGAUGACGCGGGCCUCGGGCGGCGACGACGCGGCGGCCAUCAUCGAGGUCGUCAUCGGCAACGUGCUCGGCUCCUUCAUCUCCCCGGGCCUGAUCUACGGCUUCAUCCCCAAGACGGAGGAGUUCAGGGACUGGCAGCCCGCGAACCCGAGCACCCUCGGCGCCAUGUACGGGAACGUGCUGAAGCAGCUCGGGCUGAGCGUCUUGCUGCCCUUGGCCGUCGGGCAGGUCCUGCGGUGGUUCUGGGAAAAGAGGGUCGACUGGGCGCUGAGGACGUUUUAUCUCGCAAAGGUCUCGACGUUUUGUCUGAUUUUGCUUGUUUGGACGACUUUCUCUGCUGCCUUUAAGACGGGGGCUCUCUACCAAACACCGCACGCCUCCAUCAUCUUCAACGUCUUCAUGAACGUCGGGCUUUACAUGCUCUUCACCCUGAUCUGCUUCUACUCGGCCCGUCCGCCAAAACGGCUGUGCGAUGCGGUGAACCCCCGCGUGGCCGACUCCGAGUUCAUGCGCCGGUCGCCUUCCCUGCUACGACGGAUCGUGACGGCGAGGCAGCUGUCCCGGGAACAGACCAUUGCGGUGUGUUUCUGUGGCGCGGCGAAGACGACGUCGCUGGGCAUCCCGCUGGCGACGGCCAUGUGGACGCAGUCUGACGACCUCACGCGCGCUCUGAUCCAGAUACCGGUGCUGUUGUACACUAUAGAGCAGGUUUUCAUGGCACAGAUCCUGGUGUACGUGUUCAAAUGGUAUUUGCGGAGGUCGGCCAAGGCAGAAACCUCGGCGACUGAGGACGAAGAAGGGUGUGGUGCCUCAGGAGUUGGAGAAGUGACGGAGCAGAGGGAUGAGGAACCCAGCGAUGGGAAUACAUCUUCUGGGACUUCGGUUCAAGCGGCGGAGAAGAAGGUUGGGCCACAGGAAGAGCGCAGUUGUGUUGCGCCUGGUAAGACGAUAGCAUGA